AUGGAAUGGAGGAACUGGAAGGGCAAGGGAGGGGCAGAAGCCAAUGGGGGCGGAGUAAUGGCGUGCACAACAGGGAGGGCUAAUUGUGGCCCCCUAAUCCUUCCCUGGCCCCCACCUCCUCCUCCCGAGGGAGAGCUGCUGAGGGAGGCCAAGCAGGAGAUGACUCCAACCGGCUCUGGACGCUUCAAACGGACGUAAAGGGGACCAAGGAUCUAUCUGUAGGCCUAUUUACAGAGUACCUGCCUGGACAACACUGUGCUCACCUCUGAAGAUUCACCAAAGAAUGAGGAUUUGUCUCUUACCUUUCCUCUUUCCUGCCUUCUGAAGCACAUCAUUCAACAUGGGAGAAGUUCAAAAGGUAAUCCCACUUGCUACCUUCUGCUGAUCUUUGAGUUUGAUGGGAAUGCACAUCUUGAUGAGUCCUAAAGCGUGUUUCAGGGACAGAUUGUUUUCCCUUUUCAAUAAGAAGCUAACUGAUGAGUUGACACUCAGCUAAUAAACUACAUAGUAGUCCCUUACAAUCUUCCUAAUUGCUUUCUGUGUCUGUUUGUAAUAUCCUGUUCUAUCUCGUUUCUCUCAGGGGUUCUUUUCGGUCCUGCAGAAAUUAAAGGGAACCACAGAACAGGAACUUCGGAUAGUCCUCCUGGGUCUAGACAACGCUGGCAAGACAACACUGCUAAAACAGCUAUCAUCCGAGGAUGUCAACACCAUUACUCCCACACAGGUCAGAUCCGAUCCUGACCUGCUCUAAACUUACAUAAGCAGGCCAUGUAGUUUUGUAAUGACAACCCUGUGACACUUCCUUCCUCAGGUUGUUGCCCAAGGCUUCCACGUGAUGGCACUUACUCAAUGGAAGCAUUUCUUUACCUGCUGAUUCAAAAUCUGAUCUCUGAUCAUAUCAAUGUCUUAGAUGACUCUACCAGGGUCAGGUCACUCCAGGUCAAACGCUAGGGGGUUCUGGAAGUAGUAUCCUCCAAUGUGGACUUUAACACAUCGAAUAAGACGGUCAUGUGUCUCUAAAACACCACAGUAGUGAUGCUUGACUUGUUCUUCUUUAUACCAUGUUAUCUGGUAGCAAAGCAUCACAGCCGGUUGGUUUGUGCAGUCCCUCUGUCGCAGAAAAUAGCACAUUGACAAUGAUACAUUUAGCUAGACUAAGAAUAGAUGCUGAGACUUUAAUCCGGGGGUUGAAGAUUACUUAACCAUAAAGUCAGAGAGGGUGCGACACACAUCUUGUAAGGUCCAGGUAAGAAAUCGAGGGUCAAGGUUUAUGUCAUUGUACCUGUCUAUCUGGUCAUGUCAGGAUUUGUUUCUAAUAAAAUAACAUUAUAAAUAAAUGCUUAUUUAGAGCCACUAGUAACAGAUUAAGGCUGUGUUCUGCUAAACUGUGUUACCUCAAUGAAUUCUGCUUCUCCAUUGAUCCAAAAGGGCUUCAACAUUAAGAGUCUCACAUCUCACGGAAUGAAACUGAAUGUGUGGGACAUCGGAGGACAGAGGAAGAUCCGGCCCUUCUGGAAGAAAUAUCUGGAAAACACAGAUUUGUUGGUGUGUAAAUUAUGUUUGCCCUUUUCUCAUUUCAUUUUGUCAUAUUAUAUCUAUAAUCUGUUUCAGAGAGUAAAAUAGAUUCCAUUUACUACAGUUUAGAUUUAUACUACAUCCUGUUCUAUUGGUUGAGGAAAAAACUGGCCAUUAGUUUACUUCAGAAUCUUCAAUCUCAAUAAAAGCUAGAAACCGAAUAGAGAAUCGAUCUUAUUAGUGUUACAAGAUGAUAAAUGUCCCCCUUUGAUUCAAUAUUUAUUUUUUCUCUUUCCUCCAGAUAUAUGUCAUAGACAGUACAGACAAGAAGCGGUUUGAAGAAACAGGACUGGUGAGGCCAACUGAAAUAGCUGUUAUACUCUGUUCCAAGUGUUGUCUUGUAAAACGUUAACAUUAACAGUAAGCUUAGCAUAUUAACAGUGGACAUGCAAACCUUUAAGUGCUGACAACACAGAGAUGUAGUCCCCAAGACUCUGUUAGUCUCUGAGUUAGAUAACACUGCUGGUCCUUUGAUCCCUCAGGAGCUAUCAGAGCUGAUUGAUGAGGAGAACCUGAAGGGGGUUCCGGUGCUCAUCUUUGCCAACAAGCAGGACCUGGCCACGGCCUCGCCCGCCAGCGAGAUCGCAGAGGGCCUGAACCUGCACACAUACCGCGACCGGGCGUGGCAGAUCCAGGCCUGCUCAGCUGUCUCUGGAGAGGGUGUACAGGUAGGCCACAACAUCUCUCUCAAAAUAGGACAAAUCAUAUCAGUUUUAUGA